UAGACUGGUCCGGAUUUUUUUUUUAAGGGGAAGCCGUUCUGCAUGUUUUGGUCUUAGUCUGCAACCGGAACAAGAUACUGUUUUUUGCCUAUAAAUAAUCACCACCUUUCUUGGUUCUGGGUGAUUUGACCACUUUCCAUUACACUACGAACUAAUUUCGUUGAUGCACAUCAGUCACUAUCAUGGAUUAUGACAAGUUUCUUACUCGAAGGGCUCUACUCUCCCAGCCGUCACCUAUCAGAUCAUUUCAUAGGCUGGCUCUGGGAAGUCCCCUUCCUGUGAUUGACAUGGCACCUGGAAUGCCAAAUGAUGACCGGACGUACCUUGUAGGGGCGACGUUCAAUCUCAGAGAUGGUACUACGAUAGACUUGAGUGAGGAAGAUAUGAAAGUAGCUCAACAAUACAAUCUUUCUGAUGGGAUCGUCCCUCUGCGUGAAUGGGUGACAGAACUGACAAUGAAGAUGCACAAUCCACCAACCUAUGGCGAUGAGAACAAGGAGAAAGCAUUGAGGGUUAUCGUGAAUGCUGGAGGGAUCCAUGGCAUCAGUGGGGCUGUAUCCACCCUGGUGAAUCCUGGUGAUAAGGUUAUUGUCACUGAUUUCUUCUAUGCUGCAUUCACUGGAAUGUUACGACGAUAUGAGGCAGAACCUAUAUCCUUAAGAACCGAAGAAGAUGGACCAAACAUCGAUCAGCUUGAAGAGAUACUCUCAAAGUAUGAUAGAUCGGAUGAAAAGAAAUGGAGUGAAAGACCUAAAGUGAUGUACACAGUACCAAACGGCAACAAUCCAUCCGGAGAAACGACAACUUUAGAAAAACGAAAAAGGAUAUACGCCCUUGCACAGAAGUAUGAUUUCAUUAUCAUUGAAGAUGACUCCUACUACUUCUUACAGUUCAAAAAGGAGCGACUUCCAUCUUACUUAUCUUUAGACGUUGACGGGAGAGUCAUUCGGUGUGAUAGCUUCUCGAAGGUGCUGGGUGCCGGGUUCCGAAUAGGCUGGGUGUCUGGACCUAAUGCGUUAGUAACACGAAUGUUCUACGACCUACAGUAUACUGUUCAGCAUGCUAGCAUAUUUGCGCAGGUGGUGGUCAAUAGACUUGUAAGGCGAUGGGGUAUAGAAGAGUUCGUACGUCGAGCCGAUGAUUUGAGAGACUUCUAUCAGCGUCGACGGGAUAUCGUGGCCCAGGCUGCUCAAAAACAUCUCACAGGACUUGCUACAUGGAGUGUGCCACAAUCUGGUAUGUUUUUAUGGAUCAAAUUAAUUGGACUUGAAGGAAACUCUGAAAGUUUCAUCUAUUCCUUCGCCGUAAAGAACCAGUUUAUGAUGGUACCAGGUGGGCCUUUCACCCUGGAAGAUUACCAAUCGUGCCCCUAUCUGCGCGCAUCCUUCUCAAAAGUCUCGGAAUCUGACCUUGAAGAGGGGCUGAAAAGAUUGGCAACUGCACUGAAAGAGGCAAAGACCAAACAAUCAACAACAUCAAACAGUGAUUGAGAAAUGACAUGUACCACGAACACUAGCUACCCAAUCAUUCGGACGGACAAAGUGAUAGAGCGCCAUCUAUUUCACAUUCUGUCUGUCAUCUUGACCGUCACCAUUUUAUUUCUUUCCAGCAUAAUGUAUGUAUACUGUAUGAUGUUGCCCAAAAAUUUAACUGGGCGUUGUGGCGUGCGCCUGUAAUCCAAGCUGUGGGGAAGUUACAAAUUGAUGCAGAGGUUCGAGGUUCGAGCCCUGAUCACGUCUUUCGGAUGGUGACGUUAAAGGUCGGUCCCAGACGUAAAUAAUCAUACCUGAUUGACACACGUCUGUCAAAAACUCAAAAUACACACACACUAAAAUUAAGGAAAACGGGGAGGGGAGGAGUUUAAUGACUCAUGUCUCUCGACCACGCAGAUCUCUAAUGAAUAUAUUUUCUCACACCUAAUAUGGUCAUAGUUUGACCAUUGAUCAUAAAUAAGUAAUGCAAAAAAAUAUAAUAUUUGAUAUGGCCUGUACUUAGAAAUUGUUUCCAUAAAUCAGGCGAGGUUGGUGUAGGCCUAUUAUAUAGGUGUACAUGAUUUGAUUAUAUUUUCAUUUACUCUAUGUAUUAAAUCUUUUGAAGUAAUAAUCCAGUAUUGGUAUUCUAUUUACAUUAUCUUCAUUUAGUUAAUCAUUUAUGAUGUAUUGAAUGCUGCAGUAAGUAAUUCAUCAUGAUUUUUUUGAGACGACAGUUUUUUUUUUCAUUUUAAAUUCUUGUUAUAUUUUUCUUCUUUGCGGUUCUUCGAUUCUAUGCCGCAUCGCACAGGAUCCUUAUUUUCUGAUUAGUCCAUUGUUUUCUUUCUUGUAAUUUUUUAUACUUAUAUAUCCUCGCAAUAUUUUGAUCAUAUACAUUAUAUGGAUUUAUGCAAUAAUAUUCUUAUCAUCACAUGCUGAGUUAUGUGUACGCUGAAAUGUAUUUCAAAUCAAACAUUUUUUCUAUACGUUUAUAACCAUCAUGACCAUUGGACAAUGGGGGCAGGAGACGUUUUUUUUCUAUUGUGGCCUAAAUUUUGAGAUUUUUUAGGCUGAAUAGAAUCGUAUACUGUAACUUUCUCAAUCCAAAAUAAGAUCCACUUGUUUAUGAAAUUUGUCAGAGUAUAUGGGGUUUGCAGAUUAAUCGUCAUGGGUUAACUUGUCGUUGCAAGAACCCACAGCAUUCUAUGCGUUAUUAUGAGACAUAUCAUCUUUUGCAAUGACAAUCCACAGUAAUGGCUAUCUGCCACCCCCCCCCCCAAAGUUUAAAAGCCAUGUUGGUAUAUGUGUUUACCAAUCUUUCAAUUAAUAACAAAAAAACAGAAUGUCGACGGUUUGUCUACCCCCCCCCUUGUAUCCGCCAGUGUUUGUCCCCUUUCCUACAAUAAUUCAAUGAGGUAGAAUCUGGACAAAAUAUGAAAAUUAGGUAUUUAGUUUUUCAUAUCAUAUCUGGCCUUGUCACUUGAAACCUUAAAAAUAUACAUUUUUUUUAUUGAAAACAGAGUCUUAUUUCUGCAUUCUUGAAAAAAAUGAGAAGUGAAAUGAUAAAAAAAAGUUUCAUAGAGCUUUAUCUCGGCAUUUCCCUUCACCAUCAUGAGCGAUGAUUGGCUUGAUAAAGUUUACAUCCGACCAACCAGAGAAUGCGUUUCAUUUAAGAGAUUUUUUCGGACGCAUUUGAGAUUUCCUUGUAGCAUGGACGCUUUGAUUGAUGGAAAGAUGAGCCGGAGACCAACAUGAAGACUUUAUCUAAACAGUCUGGAAUGAAGACCACCCAACUUGCCCUUCCACGGAGCAUAUAGACUUGUGGAAUCUAUUACACGUAUGACAUCGAUUGUCAUUUUCCCACUCUUUCUGUCAUUCUCAAAAUGUGAGAAAUUUGAUGUCGAGUAAAUAAUUACCACCAUCACGGUUUUAAACAUUUCAAUCAAACUGUCGGCUUCAAUUUCGAAUUAAAACUCUCGGUCAAUCCCAUAUGCUUUAUAUCCAUUUCGAGAAACAAAAUUGAAAUUAAUUUUGAAAGGUUUUCUAAAUUAUCAUAUUUUUAUAUCUUAUAUCAUACACUGUAAAAACUGAAGUGCUAGU